UCGUUUACUUACCGGCAGUAGAUAAUUGAAUGUCGAAACGUAGAUCUUCCUUAGAAAUUAAAAGAAAAAAGAAAAAGAUUCUCCCUCUUUUCUCUUCGUUUUCUUCUAUAUUAUGAAGCUCUAGUGUGAAGUUAAAAAUCCAAGAACUACACGAUGUCUGCACUAUUUAAUUUUCACUCGUUUCUGACGGUGGUGUUGUUGAUGAUCUGCACCUGUACUUUCUUGAAGAUUCAGUUUCCUACUUUGCUUCAAAAGAAAACUGGGUUUCGUGGUUUCUUCUGGAAGGCCGCCAGAAUAGGAGAGCGACUGAGCCCUUGGGUAGCAGUUGGAUGCUUUACAAUGGGUGUAUCAAUUAUAUUCUUCUGAUGAAAUCCGUCGUUCUUGAUCUUGGUUACAGUUAUACGUAGCUUUUCAAAUCAUAUUGUAACUGUUUCCGUAAACUGUUCUUAAUAGUAGUUGCUUUGUUUGAGAAGUGUAAGGCAGACCUAUUACAUAUGCUUUAGGUAUGUAGAGAAUUUUCUCAUCUCUGUUGUAUGUUUUCCAGACUUGUGUAAUAUUUUGGUAAUGGUGGAUUUAGAUUAAAGUUGAGAUCA